CCGAGAGGACAACCGCCAGUGCACACUAUGCCUCCCCAAGCCGGCGGGCGCAUAGUAAGGUAGCGGUUCCGUGGUUCCGAGUGGUCGCGCGGUGUUGAAGAGAUGGCGGAGACGGGAGACCAGCCGUUACGGCUAGCAGCAAAGAUUUUUAAUGGCAUAGUAGGUACACUAAACCCAAACGGCAGUUGGCUCUCGCGAGUGAACACAGCAGCAAAUUAAAGGUGAAUCAGUUCUCCUCCAGCGGUUGGAUCGAUUGGUAGCGUUUGUUUUUUCUGGUUUCAUCGAGUUCAAACUCGAGCCACUCGACGGAUCCUAUUACCGACUUGGCGCGCGCGCUUAGUAUCCGCUUCGGUUACGUCUCUGGGCACGUGUGAAAGUGAAUCGCUGUAAAGUGUAGCAACUGUAAAAUCAUAGACCUCGUAUCAUCGGAGAUUUGUGAAGAUAAUUUGUUCCGUGCACUGCGACAAUUUUUGGAUAAAAUAGUGUCGAUAGUGAAAGUGACUUGCGGUGGGAGAUUCCAAGAUCCGAUGAAGCUGAAUUGCCAUGGAGAACAACGCCUAUCUUAGUGAUGAUGUCAGUAGCGUCAAAAUCGAGGGAUUCACCGUGAUCAGCGAUCGUGCCGACAGACAGAACACAACGCUCGUUAAUGGAACUGCCAGCCAAGGCUACCACAAUAACAACGGCACAACGGAACCCCCUCCGACCACGGUACGAGAAAAAUGGGGUAAAAACAUCGAGUUUCUGCUAUCCUGCGUGGCCCUCUCGGUCGGGUUUGGCAACGUGUGGCGCUUCCCGUACACAGCAUUCAACAACGGCGGGGGAGCCUUCGUGAUACCCUACCUGAUAGUGCUGUUCAUCGUUGGUCGUCCCGUGUACUAUCUGGAGAUGGUUUUGGGCCAAUUCUCGAACCGGGGCUGCGUGAAGGUGUACGAUUUGGCGCCGGUGAUGCGUGGAAUUGGCGUGGGCCAAACGAUUGCCAUUUUCACGGUCAUCACCUACUAUGCGGCGGUGUUGGCAAUUACUUUCCGCUAUCUGGUGGCAUCUUUCAGUCUAGAACUACCGUGGGGUAAGUGUGACCCGGAGUGGGUGGACUGUGUGGAUUCCAGCUUCAUCGGGAUGGCAUCGGCGGGGAACAGGACACAGAUUCAAACGUCGGCUGAGUUGUAUUUUCGAAAUACUGUGCUGCACAAAGCCGCCUCAUUGGACGAUGGAAUUGGGACUCCAGAUUGGAGGCUCGUACUUUGCCUGGUUGUGUCAUGGACAUGUAUAGUCGCUAUUUUGAUUAGAGGCAUCAAAAGCUCCGGAAAGUUUUCGUAUUUUCUGGCAAUUUUCCCCUACAUUAUAAUAUUUGUGCUACUGAUUAGAUCCGUCACAUUGCCAGGAGCAUGGAAUGGUAUCAAGUACUUCUUCACACCCCAGUGGGACAAGCUUCUGACAAUCGAAGUGUGGUACGAAGCGGUGACUCAGUGCUUCUUCUCGCUGACCAUCUGCUUCGGAGGGCUGAUUGUGUACGCAUCGUUCAACGAUUUCCACAACAAUAUCUAUCGCCACGCCGUCAUCAUCACCUGGCUGGACACCUUCACCUCCCUGAUCGCUGGCUGCAUUGUGUUCGGCAUCAUCGGUCACCUGGCACACGUUACCGAGCAGCCGGACAUCCAGAAGGUGGUCAAAAGUGGACCUGGGUUGACCUUCGAAACAUACCCAGACGCCAUCGCUAAGUUCGAUUUCCUGCCGCAACUGUUCUCGAUACUGUUCUUCUUCAUGCUGUUUCUGCUCGGCAUCGGUACACUGAUCGGCAUCGUCACCUCUGUCAUCACUGCCAUUCACGACCAGAACCCUCACUGGAAGCGCUGGAAGGUGGUUCUGGUGGUUUCGUUUGUGGGAUUUUGCAUUGGGCUGGUGUACAUCACUCCGGGCGGUUUGUUUAUUCUGGAUCUGUUGGAUUACUACGGGGCAACUUUUGUAACGCUAACGCUUGCCGUAUUUGAACUGCUGACAUUCGCGUGGAUCUAUGGAGUUGAUAGGGUCUGUAAAGACAUCGAAUUCAUGCUGGGAGUGAAGACUGGGUUGUUCUGGAGGAUUUGCUGGGGUAUUGUAACACCGAUUGUGGUGCUGGUUAUCCUGUUAGUCAGUAUUGUUAACUACGUUCCGAAGGAACUCCCGUCGGGAUAUAAUGCACUUGGUUGGUGUCUCUACACGGUGGCCGUGCUGCAACUUCCCGCCUGGGGCAUCUACGCAUGGUUCAAAGACCCGAGCAGUGAUCCAUCGAAGAAGGUGAAAAACAUCUUCAACUGCAUGAGUGAUUGGGGACCAGAGGAUCCAAUUGUUAGGUCAAAGUACAACACCUUCAUCAGUGAGCACGAAGCUGAUUCACCUGCCGAAGAUUUCCGGGUGGACAAAUUCAUCCGAAGAAAACUGUUCAAAUAAUCGAUUUAAAGUCGACGCCAGUGCAAAUACGAUGUUUUCAUUUUUAUGAGAUUGUGAUAUUUGAUAUUUAAAUUAGAGUUGACGUGCGAAUGCAAAUGAGAAAGAAAAAUAAGUAGAGUAAACUAAUUAAAAACUUCGAAUCGAGCGAUGAAAUGUG